GGCUCAGGCCACACCAAGCUCCUGUCUGCACCUGCUCUCAAUCUUGCUCCCACCAUGAGCUGUCGCCUGCAGAGCUCCUCCACUAGCUAUGGCGGUGGUUUCGGAGGUGGCUCUUGCCAACUGGGAGGGGGCCGCAAUAUCUCCACCUGUUCUACUCGAUUCGUCUCUGGGGGAUCCGCUGGAAGCUAUGGGGGCGGCAUGAGCUGUGGCUUUGGUGGCGGAGCUGGUAGUGGCUUUGGAGGUGGUUAUGGAAGUGGCUUUGGUGGAGGUUUUGGAGGUGGCUUUGGUGGUGGCUUUGGUGACUUCGGUGGUGGCGAUGGCGGCCUCCUGUCUGGCAAUGAGAAGAUCACCAUGCAGAACCUCAACGACCGCCUGGCCUCCUACCUGGACAAGGUGCGGGCCCUGGAGGAGGCCAACGCUGACCUGGAGGUGAAGAUCCGAGACUGGUACCAGAAGCAGAGCCCUGCCAGUCCGGAACGUGACUACAGCCACUACUACAAGACCAUCGAGGAGCUCAGGGAGAAGAUCCUGGCAGCCACCAUUGAUAACAACAGGGUCGUCCUGGAGAUUGACAAUGCCAGGCUGGCUGCUGACGACUUCAGGCUCAAGUAUGAGAAUGAGCUGGCCCUGCGCCAGAGCGUGGAGGCCGACAUCAACGGCCUGCGCAGGGUGCUGGACGAGCUGACCCUGUCCAAGACUGACCUGGAGAUGCAGAUUGAAAGCCUGAACGAGGAGCUGGCCUACAUGAAGAAGAACCACGAGGAGGAGAUGAAGGAGUUCAGCAACCAGGUGGUAGGCAAGGUCAACGUGGAGAUGGACGCCACCCCUGGCAUUGACCUGACCCGUGUGCUGGCAGAGAUGAGGGAACAGUAUGAGGCCAUGGCAGAGAAGAACCGUCGGGAUGCCGAGGAAUGGUUCCAGAGCAAGAGUGCAGAGCUGAACAAGGAGGUGUCCUCCAACGCCGCCAUGAUCCAGACCAGCAAGACAGAGAUCACAGAACUCAGGCGUACACUGCAGGGUCUAGAGAUCGAGCUGCAGUCUCAGCUGAGCAUGAAAGCUGGGCUAGAGAGCACCUUGGCCGAGACGGAGUGCCGCUACGCCCUGCAGCUGCAGCAGAUCCAGGGCCUCAUCAGCAGCAUCGAGGCCCAGCUGAGUGAUCUCCGCAGCGAGAUGGAGUGCCAGAACCAGGAGUACAAGAUGCUGCUGGACAUCAAGACGCGGCUGGAGCAGGAGAUCGCCACCUACCGCAGCCUGCUCGAGGGCCAGGACUCCAGGUAGGUCCCUCGGCAGCUGCUGUCUUGGGAAAGUUGCUGCAGGAUCCCUGAUGUCAGAGCAGUCGGGGCUUUAGAGACCGACUCUCUCUUGGCAGAGAGGGGAUUGCUCCUGUCUGAGCUUAAGG